AUGCCCGAGUUGCACAACCGGGAGAAGGUUCUCGUGCAGUACCGCCUCCUCAAGGACUUCGAUGACUUGCGUCGCCGUGGGAUCCCUGGCAUUGACGUGCGGGUAAUGGAAGACAACAUCUACGAGUGGCACGUCACCAUGAGCCCUAUCUCCGGCCACUUCAGUGGGCUGCGGAUCCACAUGGUGCUCCUCCUGCCCGAGGACUAUCCCAGGAAGCCCCCGAAAGUCGAGCUCUACAACUUCCUUCCGCACGCCAACGUCUUCCGGGACUUCCUCCAGAGCACAUCUUUGGCAUGGGCCAGCUAUUGGCGGGGGAGCAGCCCAGCUCGUGGGAAGUAUGUCCUUUGCACAGAUCUCCUAGAGAUGAAACCCCACUCCGGGAGGCACGAGGGUUGGAGUCCCUCUUACAGCGUGGAAGCUGUUCUGGUGCAGCUCCAGUGCCUGCUCUUCGAUGAUUACGUGCAUUCAGACCACGGCCAGCACAUCAACACGCUCUGGGACACUUGGUACGCACGGCCCGGGCAGGGCCGCAAGAGCCGCCAGCAGGUCUGCGCCGAACUGCACCAGGCGCAGCUGGAUGCCGACGCCUUCUAUUGCCCCGCUUGUGGCUACAGAGGCGACGACGACAGCGUGGCUUUCUACGACUCCCCGGAGGCCAUCAAAAGCAGCGACGAGGAGUCGGAGUCGGAGGCCGAACAGUGCGAGGAGCAGAAGGGGACCAAGAGGGAGCACACCUUCGUGUCGCGCAAGAAGCAGAAGAAGCGGGAGCUGGAGAAACUUAAAGUUGCUACCAAAGAUCCGAAGGUCGACUUCAAGCAGCAAAGGCGGGUGCCCGGUGUCUUCCGAGUUCGCGACGUGGUGUACUUGAACGGGCAGCUGUGCAUCAACAGGGACCUGCAGAUCUUUAACUAUGGUCACGAGGUAGAGUAUCCUUGGCGAUGGUAUGACCCGAUGCUUGGCCGCUUCGUUUACAGGCAGCAGCAGCCACCGGAGGAGGAGGAGGAGAAGAAGACCGGCAAGGUGGUUUGGGAGAGGAAUGGUGGAGGCAAGCUUAAAGCCGAGGAUACCCCGGGCACGGAGGCGUUUGUGAAGAAGCGGGAGCAGUUCUACGCUGUGGGAGUCGUCGAGAGCGUGAACCCUCACACUUGCACCGUGAGCAUCGUGAUUGUAGAGAACGAUGCGACAAUGGGUGAGUGGGCUUUCAACAGCGAGCAGCAUUCUUCGGGACUCAAAGCGACGCUGUACAAGAACAUUCCCAUGGAGAAGGCGUGCCUCCACGGCUACGAGGGCUUCGUGGCGCCCUACGACCACCCGCCGCCUGCAGUGUACAAGCCGGUUCCCGGCCACUACACCGCGGAGGAGAGUGUGGUCUCCGAGCAAUCCGGCUCCUUGUCCCACUCCUUUCACGUGGUGCCCAGCGGUCUCUCCGCCCUGAGCUCUUCUCUGGGCAGCUACGACCUCGUGCCCUCGCAGGCGCCUUCCCAAGCCGGCUCCGUCGCUUCGAGGAUCUCCGCGGCCUCCGAGCGGAGCCUCCUCACGCUCCGCAGCGCGCACCUUGACUUCGGUGCCUUCGUGAGCCUCGACGCCACUCCCAGGGACCUGGCAGUGCAAAACAAGAAGCUGGUGUCUGGUGGCCGACUACCGAAGGGCAAGGGCAAGAGCAAAGGGAAGGGCAAGGGCAAGAGCGACGGCGAGACGAAGAUGCUGCAGGAUGGCCUGCUGCCGUGCCUUCCAUACAUGCGGCCCUCUUGGCCACCCCGAAGCGCCGGGGAGCAGGGCAGCAGCCGCGACAGCUCCGUCAUGGUGAACGGGAACGUUUUCGAGCAGAUGGGCCGCCAGACGCUUGGACCGGCGGAGGUGGUGGUGUACAUCAGCGAGGUCGACGUCAACCAGAGACGGAUGAAGCUUUCACUACAGCCGCGCCUGACGUUCGAGGAGCUGCGCGAGCUGCGCAUCGGGGGCAAGCACGAGGGCAUCGUCGUGGACACCUCGCAUUUGGGGCUGUUCGUCGCCCUGUCCGACAGUUUGGUUGGCCUUUUGCCCCGUGCGCAGCUGGGCGUUGGAGCCUUCGCGGAGGGUCCGGAGGAGGUGUACAAGCGCGGAGACAUUGUUACCGUGUGGGUGCUGCGGAAGGCGCUGGCUGAUGCCAAUUCCCGGCGCAAGUACAAGAUCGACUUGACCAUGGACAAGUGCCCAUGCUCUGUUAGUUUAGGGUUUAGGGUUUAG